AUGGCUGCAGAAUCUGAAGAAGUGUCUUCUCACGAAGGUCCAUCCGCUGGAGGAAAUAAAUUGUUAAGAUCUAUGAGGUCUAUGCUUUCCUCAAUGCAGAAGACUAUGUGUCAGUCAAUGAUCUCCAGGGAAGAGGAAAGAGCGAAUUUCAGCAACAUUUUCAAGAUCCUAAUUGAGCUGGAUAAGACCCUGAAGAUGAAUACUUAUGAGACCCAUGUCUCGAAUGGUUGCAUGAAGAGAAAUGACAAUGAACGACAAGCUUUUGCUAAGAACAUUGCCAGGAAGUUUCAAGCUAAGGAAGAUGCUUUAGGCAAUGCUGAAAGUGCUCAUCCUCGACCAACUCAAGGUGAGUCAAGCAGGAGGAAUGAUGGUGUGUCAAUUGGGACCAGAUCAUGGUGGGCCCCAAAUUCUGAUGACAAUCCCAGGCCAACCAAGAGAGGUGGUUGUCGAAGUGGUUCUGAGCGUGGUGGUAGAAGUGGUGGCGGUCGGAGUAGGCUGUCCAAUGUUGAUCAAGGAAUAAUAAUGUCUUUGUGGGAGAGACUCGAGAAAUUGGGGGAAGGCAGCUAUGGAGUUGUCUAUCUAGGUCGUCCAUUGGAAGGACAUUAUCUCUAUCCAUCUAUUCAAUUAAUGGCAGUUAAAUCUGCAGAGAAUAAAGAUUCAUCUCUCCUACACGAAAGGGAUAUUCUCUCAAAAUUUAAAGGAUGCCCUCAUAUAAUUAGUUUAUUGGGCUAUGAUUUCACCGUUGAAGGCACCAAAGUUUUUACUAAUAUAUUCUUGGAGUACGCGUCGGGCGGCACUUUACACCACCGCAUUCAAUCAUCAAAGACCGCCGAAUGCAAAGGAAUCCCCGAAAUUGAAGCAAAGGAAUAUACACUUUCCAUUUUAAAGGGUCUGCGUUAUAUUCAUGAGAGUGGAUACGUCCAUUGUGAUAUAAAACCCGAAAACAUAUUAAUUGUCGACGAGAAGGCCAAAAUAGGAGACUUUGGUUUUACUAUGCAGCCCCUCUAUCUUCCAGGGAUGAUUAUAGGAACACCACAUUAUAUGCCUCCAGAAUCAUUAAAUGAUGGAGAAUAUGAUACUCCUACCGAUAUUUGGGCAUUGGGAUGCUCAUUGUUUGAGAUGAUCACAUCAAUUCCGCAAUGGAAAUGCCAAAAUAUGAACCAAAAACUUAUUAAACUAAUAAAGCGGAGUAAAAUGUCCAAAGAUGCUUUCGAUUUUUGGAAGAUGUGCACAAUUAAAGAUCCUAAGAAAAGGUGGAGCGUCAAUAUGCUUCUACAACAUCCGUUCAUCGUCGGUAGGAGCCACGAUCCUCCUCCUGCCCAAAAUAGCACAUAG